UGGACAGACAGCCCAGCCAGAGUCCGGAGGACGGUUGCGGAGCGGGCCUGGGAUCCCAGGCGUCACGCCUUCUGCCUGACACAUUCCUAGUCCGUCUGUCGGAUCCUGAACCACCUACCCUGACCUGAGCCCGCGCGCGGCUGGCGAGCCGGACUGAGAGAAUUCCCUGAGCUGGUGUUAGGUGCCACAGGCACUGAGGAUCUCACCAGGAGGGGACGCACGGAGCUAGGGGCCAGCAAGAUGGCGGACGAGGCCUUAGCUGGGCUGGAUGAGGGCGCCCUGCGGAAGCUGUUGGAGGUCACCGUGGAUCUAGCAGAGCGGCGGCGCAUCCGCUCGGCCAUCCGGGAGCUGCAGCGGCAGGAGCUAGAGCGAGAGGAGGAGGCCCUGGCAUCCAAACGCUUCCGUGUUGAGCGGCAGGACAACAAGGAGAACUGGCUGCACUCUCAGCAGCGAGAGGCCGAGCAGCGGGCUGCUCUGGCGCAGCUGGCAGGGCGGCUGGAGUCCAUGAACGAUGUGGAGGAGCUGACCGCGCUGCUGCGAGGGGCCGGCGAGUAUGAGGAACGCAAGCUGAUCCGGGCUGCCAUCCGCCGAGUCCGGGCCCAGGAGAUCGAAGCGGCCACCUUGGCUGGGAGGUUGUGCGGUGGGCGUUCCAACAGUGGCUCAAGAGAGGACAGCAAGGGGCAGGCCGCACAGAGGCUGGAGCGGUGUGAGGCGCCAGAGCCAGAGGGACGGGAGCAGCGGGCAGAGGUCCCAGAGCCACCCCCCGAAGUCACCAGUCGGGAUGUGACCACCGUGACGCUCCUGCUGCAGGUGCCCCCUGGGAGCACAUCCAGCUCCCCUGCCUCACCUGACAAUUCCCCCCCCGCCGCCUCUCCUGAGCCUCCGCCUGCGCCUGCCGAGACCCAGGGCCCUGCCGUUGAGGCUCCGCAUAGCCCUGAGCCACCCCCCAGCCCACCCAGGGCCGCCAGCCCACCCACGGCCGCCAGCCCUGAGCCCCAGGAGACUGCAGCCCCCCACAGCACUGAGAGACAGGAGGUCAGCGAGCUCCUGCCUGGCCCCACAGAGCCCCCUGCGGCCCAAGGCCCCACCAAAGGCCCUUCCAGCACCAAGAGAGCAGCUGGACCCCACCCCAGCCAACGCUCCGUGCUCAGCCCCCGCCAGCCGGCCCAGAACCGAGAGCCCACCCCUCUUGCCAGUGGACCUCCCUCAUUCCAGCGGGCCGGCUCCGUGCGGGACCGCAUGCGCAAGUUCACGUCUGAUUCUCCUAUGGCGCAGGAUGGCCCACCUCGGGCAGCCCUAGGUCCCUCGACCCCCGCAAGGCUCCCCGGCUCCUCCCACGUCAGCACCACCCCUGCCUCCUCCUCCAGCCGCUCCUCCGCACGGAGCUCCAGUGAUACCUCCUCCCGGUUCAGCAAAGAGCAGCGAGGAACAGCCCAGUCCCUGGCCCAGCUUCAGAGCUGCCCCCAGGAGGAGGGCCCCAGAGGGCGGGGCUUGGCUGCCAGGCCCCUUGAAAAUGGAGCAGGGGGGGCCGGGGCCUGCUCAGAGGAGCCCGGUGCCCUGCUGCCCGUGGCUGUCGGCACUGCCGAGCCAGGGGCCAACAUGAAGACGACAUUCACCAUUGAGAUCAAGGAUGGCCGUGGCCAGACCCCCACAGGCCGGGUGCUGCUGCCCACAGGCAGCCAGAGGGCAGAACUGACGCUGGGGCUGCGGGCACCCCCCACCCUUCUCAGCACCAGCAGUGGGGGCAAGAGUACCAUCACCCACAUCAGCGGCCCUGGGACACCGGCCCGGCUGGGCACUGUCACUCACGUCACCAGCUUCAGCCAUGCCUCUCCCGGUGGGCAAGGAGGCCACAGCAUUAAGAUGGAACCAAAGCCAGCAGAGCCCCCCUCUGCUGCAGUGGAAGUGGCCAAUGGCACUGAGCAGACCCAAGUGGACAAAACACCAGAGAGGCGGAGCCCACUGAGCACCGAGGAGCUGAUGGCCAUUGAGGAUGAGGACAUCCUGGACAAGAUGCUGGAUCAGACGGCGGACUUCCAGGAGCGGAAGCUCAUUCGGGCUGCGCUACGUGAGCUCCGACAAAAGAAGAGAGACCAGAGGGACAAGGAGCGGGAACGGCGGCUGCAGGAGGCGCGGGCCAGGCCAGCGGAGGCCCGGGGCAACGUGGCCACCGAGACCACCACGCGGCACAGCCAUCGGGCAGCCGACGGCUCAGCUGUCAGCACUGUCACCAAGACCGAGCGGCUCGUCCACUCCAAUGAUGGCACACGGACAGCCCGCACCACCACGGUGGAGUCGAGUUUCGUGAGGCGCUCGGAGAAUGGUGGUGGCAGCACCGUGGUACAAACCAAGACCUUUUCCUCCUCGUCAUCCAAGAAGAUGGGCAGUAUCUUCGACCGUGAGGACGAGACCAGCCCGCGAACCAGCAGCCUGGCUGCGCUGGAGAAACGCCAGGCCGAGAAGAAGAAAGAGCUGAUGAAGGCGCAGAGCCUCCCCAAGACCUCUGCCUCCCAGGCGCGCAAGGCCAUGAUUGAGAAGCUGGAAAAGGAGGGCGCUGCGGGCAGCCCUGGCGGACCCCGUGCGGCGGUACAGCGCUCCACCAGCUUUGGGGUGCCCAACGCCAACAGCAUCAAGCAGAUGUUGCUGGACUGGUGCCGAGCUAAGACGCGAGGCUACGAGCACGUGGACAUCCAGAACUUCUCCUCGAGCUGGAGCGACGGCAUGGCCUUCUGCGCACUGGUGCACAACUUCUUCCCCGAGGCCUUUGACUACGGGCAGCUCAGCCCGCAGAACCGGCGCCAGAACUUUGAGGUGGCCUUCUCCUCCGCCGAGAUGCUGGUAGACUGCGUGCCCCUGGUGGAGGUGGAAGACAUGAUGAUCAUGGGCAAGAAGCCCGACCCCAAGUGCGUCUUCACCUAUGUCCAGUCGCUCUACAACCACCUGCGGCGCCACGAGCUGCGCCUGCGCGGCAAGAAUGUCUAGCCUCCCGCCCGCACGGCCUGGGCCCGUCCCGCCCGCGGCCCGGCCAGCCGCCCCCACCGUCCAGGCACCCUCCCUCCCCGCCCCGUGCGCCUGCCGCCUGCCCACCGCUGCCUGGUCUGUCGCCACCCCCUCCCCGGCAUACACAAGCAGCGUUUUGAUAAAUUAUUGAUUUUCAAGGA